UUUGGGGACGGUGUCAGUUUCCACUGUGUGCCUUCAGCGUUGCAUUCUUCCCUCCUCCGCCCUCCUCCCGCCCGCCCGCCCGCCCGCCCUCCUUCCCUCCCCGGGUCCCCGCCACCAACUAUGAAAUAACAACAACAAUAAUACUCGUAAUAAUCAUCAUAAUAAUAAAAAAAGGAACGCGAGCGAGGCCGCGAGGCGGAGCGGGGGGCAGAGGGAGAGACAAUGGGCUGGUGGAGAGAGCACCCAUCCGGACCGGGGAGACUUUGCGCUCCCAGCGCCUGAGCCGCCCGGGCGGCGAACUCGGAGGGAGAGCGAGGGAGCGAGAAGGGCCGGUGGACGAGAGGAGGAAACCCGGGUGUUUUGUAACUAAAAUGAGCGGAGCGCAGCGGCGGCGGCGGCAAUAAGCUUAUUGCAAUUGACAGCGUCUGCAGUUCAUUUCAAGAUGGCCGCUUGGCUCACAUUCAUUUUCUGCUGAACGACUUUUAACUUUCAUUGUCUUUUUUGGCCGCUCCGAUCAUCACCCACCGGCUCCGUUUUCCGGAGCCGCACCUCGCCACGCCAAAAUGCACCGAACAACCAGAAUCAAAAUAACCGAGCUAAACCCCCAUCUCAUGUGCGUGCUCUGUGGCGGGUACUUCAUUGAUGCAACAACCAUCAUAGAGUGCCUCCACUCCUUCUGUAAGACCUGUAUCGUGCGUUACUUGGAGACCAGCAAGUAUUGUCCUAUCUGUGAUGUCCAAGUUCACAAAACUCGACCGCUUUUGAAUAUAAGGUCAGAUAAAACUCUCCAAGAUAUUGUAUACAAGCUAGUACCAGGUCUUUUCAAAAAUGAAAUGAAAAGAAGGAGGGAUUUUUAUGCUGCUCAUCCGUCAGCUGAUGCUGCCAAUGGCUCUAAUGAAGACAGGGGAGAAGUGGCUGAUGAAGACAAAAGAAUUAUAACAGACGACGAGAUAAUAAGCUUAUCCAUUGAAUUCUUUGACCAGAAUAGACUGGAAAGAAAAGGAAAUAAAGAGAAAGAAAAAUCAAAGGAAGAGGUGAAUGACAAAAGAUACUUACGCUGCCCAGCAGCAAUGACAGUGAUGCAUCUAAGAAAGUUCCUGCGGAGUAAAAUGGAUAUACCUAACACUUUUCAGAUCGAUGUGAUGUAUGAAGAGGAGCCUCUGAAGGACUACUACACCCUAAUGGACAUUGCCUACAUCUAUACCUGGAGGCGGAAUGGGCCUCUCCCCCUGAAAUACCGGGUCCGACCUACUUGCAAGAGGAUGAAGAUCAGUCACCAGAGGGAAGGCUUGAAUAAUAGCGGAGAGCUGGAAAGUGACUCUGGGAGCGACAAGGCGAGCAGCCCAGCGGGAGGCAUCCCCUCCACCUCCUCCUGUUUGCCCAGCCCCAGCACACCGGUCCAGUCUCCUCACCCCCAAUUCCCUCACAUCUCCAGCACCAUGAACGGCACCAGCAGCAGCCCCAGCAGUAACCACCAAUCCUCCUUUACCAACAGAGCACGGAAAACAUCGAUAAAUGGCUCCUCAGCCACUUCAUCCGGUUGACAAGCCAACCAGGCUACCACCCCCUCUCCUACCGCCCCCCCCUUCCCUGCCCCUCCUUUAUAUAGAUCUCUCCAUGCCAUUACAGCUUUAUAGAUGCUAAUCCAUGUGACUAUCGUCCAAAUUGCUUUCUUUUGUAGUGACACUGAACUUGGCUAUAAAAGGUGGACUAGGUGACAUUCAGGAUGGACGUUAAUGGAAACGCAAGAUUGAAAUGUAAAUUGUUUUCUGAGGACUGGGAAGCAAACAAAAGUUACACCUUCACCUGUUCUGAGUGAUGCGGCAUUGUUUCAGUCCCCAUCAUCUGGACUCCUGAAGUCAAUACAAAUCUGGGGAAGUAGUUUGUUAAUCCAGACUAAUUCCUCCAUUGCGUUCUCUUUGAUUGUUAUUGUUCUUAUGCUGUUUUGUGAAUCUGUAGAAAGCAAGUGCUUUUUCAUCUUGAAAUCCAACAAAAGGAAAAGAAUAUGCAUAGAAUAAUGCAUAUAUGUAGCCAUGUCACUGUGAAUAACAAUUUUUGCGUAUUAGCCAUUUUGAUUCUUAUGUUGCAUCUUUUACUCCUCUGUUGCUGCGCAGAACCGAUCAAAAGAAAAGUAAACUUCAGUUUUACAAUCUGUAUGCCUAAAAGCGGGUAUUACCGUUUUAUUUACUGACUUGUUUAAAUGAUUCGCUUUUGUAAGAAUCAGAUGGCAUUAUGCUUAUUGUACAAUGCCAUAUUGGUAUAUGACAUAACAGGAAACAGUAUUGUAUGAUAUAUUUAUAAAUACUAUAAAGAAAAUAUUGUGUUUCAUGCACUCAUGAUAUGGUUGUUAAAUUUCUAAACUGGUUCGACCCUUGCAGAUGCCACCUGUUUGAGCUUUGCUCAUACUGCAAGAAACACUUUGCGUGUGAGAGCUACAGUAUUGGGAAAGCACAUUCAAGUCUCUGAUAACCUGGAGGCAAUUGGCAAUCUUAAAAGGAUUUUACUGGCUUUGUCUGGUUUUUUUUUCCCAAGUGAUUUUUUUUACUUUUGCAAAUGUUGAAGUGAUGCAGUGAAGGAAAAAAAAAGUUAAGGAACAUGGAA